CGAAGUCGCGCUUGUCACGUGCCAGCGAAAAAACAGAUCGCGAACUGCCUCUACUCUCUACUCUACGGACAAGAACAGCGUCAAUAUCCACACCGCAUCCGAUGACAUCAUCUCAAUAGCCAUCAAGACUGUUUCCCAUCGCCGUGUCGCAGUCUUCAUCGUGGCGCCCAUCCAUCUAUUGCAGCGGCGACACUCUCCCCUCGGUGGCUGGCGAGGAGGACCGACGUGGGGGAUGAUUAACGCGACAGCCUACACUCCCCUCGAGUCGCUAUUAGUUAUCACCUGGAUUAGAAAGACAGGCGCCGAGGCGUUCGAAGCUGCUGCAUUUCCCAAGCUCUCGCGCGAACUCAACGACAACGACUCCAUCAAGGAGGACCCCACUUACGAUGCCUCACGAUUAAACCCCGAGUCACUCCAGGAGCUCUUCUUGCACUUACUGCAGGAUGAGCUGACAUACGAGGCAAAUCAAAACCAACUACAAGAUGCAACUGCCGCCGAUGCCUCGCUGUCGCCUAAUAGCAAGAAGCGCAAACGCCCAGGGCCGACCCCCCAGCUGACGACUCUUAAGGAAGCUCGACAGCAUGCCGACAGGUUAGCAGAUGCUGAGAAUAAACUCUGGGCCAAGUACAAGCAGAGAAGUGCGCAAGAGCUAUGGGAGGACCAGGAGGAGGAACGCAGGCUCGAGGCCGAGAUCCAAGAAUUAGAGGCGCAGCAGCAGCAGCAGCAACAGCAGCAGCAGCAGCAAAAGCAGCAACAACAGCAGCAGCAACGGGCACAAGCAGUCGAAGCAGAAAAACUGCACAAGAGUGCCAGUGCCACCCCGAGUGCGCCUCAAAUCCCGGCAGGCUUACCAAGUCGUCCACCAAGUGUUGCGCCGGCCGGCGAUGCGCAAAAGGCUGCCCGUCAAACCAAUGGAACCACUGGUCCGCCCGCGCAACCACCAACUCCGGUCCCCAGUGCCGUGCCGAUCCAAGCUGGACAUCAACCACCACCACCGCGACAGAACUCCCCAGCGCAGGCGGUUGCUGCGCCGACGCCCCCUCCUUCCCUCGUCCAACCUCCAGCACCGUCGCACCCAGGAGCGUUGCCUCCAGCAGGACCUCAAUCGUCUUCCAGGCCACCUAGCGCUACAUCGCCGGUCUUACAGCCACCACAGGGGCUUCCCACAUUCUCACCCCAACCUGGGCAGCCCUCACCUGUCGCGCCACCAUCUUCAGACGUUCUGCAUAGGCCAGACAGCUCUCAGAAGCCCAGGCAUCCGUCUCAACCGCCUACGACUCAGGUACCUGUGCCUGGAUCGCUCAAAUGGGAGCCCCUUUACCAGCCAUAUUCUCUGCCUCAACAUCAGAGGCCACCUCCAAACAAUCCACAAUUCUCUCAACCGCCCGGCCAGCAACGCCUGCAGCCAUGGACACCACAACAGUUACAAUAUCCUCAACAAUCAACAAUACAAGCAGUCCAACAAGGCUACGGACAACAGACAGGGCAGCAGCAAGGACAAUCGGGAUCCAGGCCACUCCUUGUCGCACCACCAGCACCAGGUCACCCGCCUCCUCAGCUGCCAGCGGCGCCUAUCAGAUCACAAUCGGGAUCCCCAGCGCCUGGGCAGCAGCAGCGGCCCCCCCAGGGGCAUUCCCCACUGCCCGGUCACACGCAACUUCCGCCGUCGCCAUAUCAGCACACUCAACAGGUCUUCCAGCCACCGGCAUCUCAUCCGCAUGCUAAUCGCAUAGCGCCCGGUGCAUCUGCAACUCCGCCACCUCGUUCGCCUGCCAAUGUGCAACCGCAACAAUGGCAGAGGCCACCAGCCACGACUCAACCACAUCCUCCUGCCGCUACGCAAGGGCAAAUCCCAGUGGUGCCUCCACCUGCGCCCCCAACACAGGUGCCACCGUUCAGCUCGCCGCGUCCCCAACCUGCUCGGAACACCGUGCCCCAGCACAUCAUUCCUCCGCCAGUUGGUACUCCAGGCCCCUCGCAUCGACGACCUCAUCCCGUGCUACCGCACACUCCGACCACAGUGCCUUUUGCUUUCCGCCACGCGGCUGGGAGCGGCACUAGAUGGACUACAGCCCAGCCAACACCAUCAACCCCAGGACCUGGCAUCGGAGACUUUCCAAGCCCUGCGUUUGAGCCUAUAAGCCCAAUCUUGCACACAGACAGCCUCUCGGCGUCUGCGACCCAGACGUCGCCUACGAAAGCCAAGGCUGAUGACGACGUGCCACCUGGUAAAAAGCCGUCGAGCAAUUCCCACAGUGCACAGCGUGGGCUCGAGGCUCGCGAAACUUCUCGCCAAAGACGAACACCUUCUGUCGUACCGACGCGAGAGGUGGCUGAUGAGACGGACGUGGAAUCUGCGACCAAGGUUAAGCGCGAGGAAGCAACGCCCAAGCCGCUAGAAGAGGCUGGUGAUACCACCGCAGAUGAGAGUGUAUCAGGCCGACGCCAGAUGAAUUCACCUAGAGCCUCAAGACAUCCUAGCAAGCGCAAGCGGCAGGAGUCUUUGGCAUCUGACCAUCGUGCAGCGUCAGAGAAUCGACCACGCGCCCCUCCGGCCCCUCCAGGUAUUCCAACCCACGUCCUAUGGACUCGCGGCUUCCCCCGAGUUAGUGUCUCUACUUUGGAUCAAAUCUCCGGCCACAAGCAUGCGAAUAUGUUUUCUCAUCCCAUCCGAGAACGAGACGCACCAGGUUACAAGACAAUUGUACUCAGCCCGACCGAUCUCAAAUCGAUCAGGGCGGCGAUCACGGCUGGAAACAAAGCCGCAGCUGCCGCAGCAGCAGCCCUCCCAGAAGGCGAGCAAGGUGCUCAUAGUGUGUGGCUGCCCAUCAGUGAGGAGCUCGUGCCGCCUCGCGGCAUCAUCAACAGUUCACAACUCGAACGUGAGCUGGUGCAUAUGUUCUCCAACGCCAUCAUGUAUAACCUGGAUCCGCACCGUGGGCCAGGCACUGCCUUCAUGAAAGGGAGUGGGCGCGGCGGCAAGGGGGCUAACGACCACAGCCAGGGCGGUCAUAGUGCUGGAGGGGCCGACCCGGGCUUUCUCGGAUACGCUGUUGACGAGAACAGUGUUGUUAAUGACACCCAGGCCAUGUUCGCCGAGGUCGACAAGCUGCUCAUGGAGCUGCGAUCCACCGAGGCGCAGUCCUCACUGGCGCCGCUGCCGCCCGGGGCCAUACCAGCAAGCGAUAGGUUGGCUCGCUGGGCUGCAGACACGGCGGUGUCGUCCGCCGAUACACCUGCUUCGGUCACUGGAGGUGGUGCAGACGAGCUAGGCGAUGAUGGCGAAGAGCAUCACACAGAUCGCGAUGUCGAGAGCGCCAGCGGGACCGUCAAGCGACGACGGGUCGGCCGUGGUUGAGACCUGCCCUCGCGGGAUUUCUUGGUGCAGAAUCUUGAGUCGCGUUCUAUCUUGUGUCACGAAGUCGAUUUGCUCGAACGUGGCCAGCCUCGGCCCCCCGAGCCCCCCACCAGCGGCCAUUUCGACCGCGUUCUUGGACACACUGUUCAUCAUCCGGGAGGCCGCCUCAUGGCUGCACUUGGAUGAUGUUGGUCAUAAUAGUCCAUUAGAUUUUAAUGUCUUGCGUCGUGUUGCGCAAUUGAUACGAUAAGCGGGGGUAUGGCCUUGACAGCAAAUUGCUUGUCGGAGUUUGUAGAGUUAGACUACAUGUAUGUUACAAUGAGAGAUGCAACCCCUGUUUGCGUUGCAGUGUAUGCGCAAAGAAUUGAGCCCCAAGGGACGCCGGUUGCGGCUGGGAGUCACCACAAAGAAGUGUUCCGAGUGUGCUUCAUCCCUGCAGGGAGUGACAUACCCCGACUGUUCUGGAAUGCACUUAUAAUGGCCCUCAGAUGGGUGUAAAUAGGGUUGGCAGUAAAAUUGGAUUUAAUCCCCGGAUCUG